CCGUGGAAAUCGGUUCGUGCAUUGAGUGCGUGUAGAGUUAUAGCGUCAGGAAGGAAAACCCGACCUAUUUUUAUAUAGUAGAUAUAAUGAAAUACGAACAAUGAACUAUUAAUAACCCGCAGAACUUAAUUUAUUCAACAAAUUUAAAAUGUAUUAUUUUUAAAAUGAUGCUUAUUCUAUACCUUAUUCUCUACUACACAAGGUUUACAUUCAAAGGUUGUUUUUAAGUAAACAUAAUGCAUAAUGCAUAUGUGCAAUAUAAAAAAAACGAUUUUACCAAUUUAAUGUUAACUUUCUCCUUCACUAUUAGCAGACAAAGCAAUAAAUAACUGCCAAUAACUGAAUAAAAAUUACCAGCCCUAUUUUAAUAGAAAUAAUAUAUUUCAAGAUCCCAGGGUCGCCAGACCUCACCUAUUUGCUGACAAUGAAAUAUUGUGGACGAUUGGGUAGUGUGUAUGUGCUACCAUUGUACGCCUACCCGCUAGCUUGGUCAAUAUAAAUAAGUUUUAGAUAGAAAAUAUGGAAUUACUCGCGCUGGUUUUGCUGAUCACAUUGUCAAGUGCCAAUUCCGGAUCACCGACAUUGCCGGUGCGAGUGUCAGGUGGCCUCCUCAGAGGAUCCGUGGCUCUGGACGGGUCACAUCUCCGCUACACUGGGAUACCAUACGCGACAGCUGAAAGGUUUCAGCCUCCCAACCCAGCCCCAAAAUGGAACGGUACAUUUGAUGCAGUUAUCGAUGAUAAAAAAUGUCCACAAAACUCCACCGAUAAUUUUAUCAUAGGAGACGUGGACUGCCUGUCCUUGAACGUUUACACACCUUUGGAAUCUGAAAAUAAGCUUUACCCUGUUAUGGUAUUCAUUCAUGGUGGUGGUUUCAAAACUGGUUCGGGCACGCCAACUAUUUAUGGACCUGAAAAUUUAGUAAAACGCAAAGUUAUUUUAGUUACAUUUAACUACAGGCUCGGCGUGCUAGGGUUCCUUUGCUUGGGAAUAAAGGAAGCUGCUGGUAAUAUGGGUUUGAAAGAUCAAGUGGAGGCGCUUCGGUGGGUGAAGAAUAAUAUCAGAGCUUUUGGAGGAGAUCCUGAUAACAUAACAUUAUUUGGUGAGAGUUCCGGCGCUGCAUCAGUAGUCUAUCACAUGUUAUCUCCCAUGUCAGCGGGUCUCUUCAAUAGAGCUAUUAUUGAGAGUGGAUCAGCAGUGUCAUAUUCGAAUGGACAAUUCGAGCCGAAAAAAAUAGCAUUCAGAUUGGCAGCACAAAUGGAAAUCAACACAAGAGACGUGCAUGAGUUAGUAAAUAUAUUUAAACAAAAAACAAUUAAAGAGUUACUGAGCGCUAAGGUGCCCAGGAAUACUGGUAAUAUUGUACAAUCAGAAAAUGUUUUUGUUCCUUGUAUUGAAGAAACUAUAGAAGGAUCAGAACCGUUUAUAACGGAAAGUCCGUAUAAUAUAAUUAAUAGUGGUAAAUUCAAUAAAGUUCCUGUGAUAAUGGGCUUCAACAGUGCAGAAGGUUACUUAUUUGUAGGGAAGGAAACUUCACGCCAAAGAAACGAGUUCAACUUUAUAAGUGCGUUACCGAGAGAUUUAAUAUUCCCGUCUGCAGCUGAAAAAGAAGCAACUGCAUCUAAAUUGAAAGAACUAUAUCAAGAUGGUGAACGAAUAAGUGUACUUUCUUUGGCAAAAUACGAAGGUGACGCUGGUAUUAAAUACCCUGUUAUAGCCACGAUAGAUCUUUUGCUUAAGAAUAUGGAAGAACCAGUAUAUGUUUACAAAUUUGCAUAUAGUGGUUUAUUGAAUCUGUUAAAAAUUCGUUAUGGAUUUGGUGCUUAUCCUGGAGCGACCCAUACUGAUGAAUUACCUUAUAUAUUUAAAACAGAAGGCACAACGGUAUUGUCGAUUUUGGAAAUGAAUAUGAUUGGCAAAUUGACUCUUAUUUGGACAAACUUCGCUAAAUACGAUGACCCGACGCCUGAAGAAACUGCAUUAGUUCCUAUGACGUGGCAACCAGCCAAUCUUCCCGACCCUCAACUUAUGGUCAUCGAUAGGCAAUUAUCCACGGAAAAACUAUGGAAUGAUAGAGAUAUUUUAUUCUGGAAUGAAACUUACUCACAUUACAGAAGAACAUCAUAAAAUCUCGCCCUUUAUACCAGUUUGAAGCAUACCCCAGUAUACACUAAAAUCCAAAAAAUUUAAAUAUUGAAAAUAAAUGAUUAAACUGUAAAUAAAUACAUUUCAAUUAUAAAUUUAACAUAAGUUAAUCCAUAUUAUGUGGUUUCAAUAACAAGCAUUUUUAAAUUUUAA